AUGCUUCGUCGUGCGUCUCACACCCUCAUGCGGCGUACGGCGCUGCGUCUUGCGGCUGCGGGUGCCGCCGGUCCUAGCAUCUGCUUUGAGCUCUCCGAGCAGCAGAGGGAGGUGCGGGACCUCGCUCGCCGCUUUGCCAGGGAGAAAAUAGCUCCGGCGGCAGCCAAGCUGGAUCAGACAAUGGAGUACCCAGAUGAGCUCUUCAAGGAGGGCUGGGCACUCGGGCUUAUAAACAUGCACAUCCCGCAGGAGUAUGGCGGGCUCGGCGCCUCCUGUUUGGAGGGGGUUCUGGUGCAGGAGGAACUUGCGUGGGGCUGCUCCGGCGUCUCCACCGCCUUCGAGUCGAACAGCCUCGCCCAGGCGCCACUUAUUAUUGCCGGUAACGACGCCCAGAAGAAAAACUUCCUUGGACGCAUGUUGGAAGAACCUUUGAAAGCGGCGUACUGCGUUACAGAACCCGUGGCUGGCUCAGAUGUGGCUGGAAUUAAGACCUUUGCCAAGAAGAAGGGCGACGCAUACGUGGUCAAUGGACAAAAAAUGUGGAUCACCAAUGGUGGUGUGGCAAACUGGUACUUUUUGCUCGCCAACUCGGAUGAGGGGUUUAUUGGCUUCGUGCUGGAUGCGAAUACGCCGGGGAUCACGCCUGGGAAAAAGGAGAUCAACAUGGGCCAACGCUGCAGUGACACACGUGGGAUUGUCUUUGAGGAUGUUGUCAUUCCUGCGGCGAACGUGCUUGGAAGCCCCGGAGACGGCUUCAAGAUUGCCAUGCGUGCCUUUGACUUCACCCGUCCACCGGUGGCAAUCAGUGCGGUGGGUGUCGCCCGACGUGCGAUGGAGGAGGCCCGGGAUUACUCGAAGCAGCGCAAGUCGAUGGGAAAGUACAUCUCAGAGCAUCAAUCCGUUGCGUUUAUGCUGGCGGACAUGGCCGCCGGGAUCGAGGCGAUACGUCUGCUGGUGUACCGCGCCGCCUGGGAGGUCGAUCAGGGCCGCCCCAACACCUUCUACGCGUCCUCCGCGAAGCUGCUCGCCGCUGAUCACUGCGAGAAGUGCGUUACGAACGCGGUGCAGAUAUUUGGCGGAAACGGCUUCAACACCGGUUACCCCGUGGAAAAGUUGUACCGGGACGCAAAAAUAUUUUCCAUCUACGAGGGAACGAGUCAAAUUCAGCGGCUCGUGGUGAGCCGACACCUGAUCGGCAAGAAGUGA